AUGUCCAAGCGGCGGUUUGGAAAGAAUGUCCCUUUCCUUGAAAUACAAAAGAACACUCGAAAGGAGGAGCAGUUCGCGAAUCAUGACCCUCGGCUUAAUCCAAGAGUUGAAGAUGCGCGUAAUGACCAGAUCCUUAUUGCCUUUGCUCUAUUCACCUGUCUGGCUCAAAGCGGUAAUCAGGACAAGAUGGGAAGACUUCAGCCUUUCGUAAACCUUGAACCCAGGCCAAGUGAAGGUGAAGAAUCCGAAUAG